GUGUCGUGCUGGGUGUAGCCGAGUGUAGUUACUGAUACUCCUCACACAUGAGCCUCAGUAUCCUGUGCAGGUACACGUGUAGUGUUGUGCAGCGUUACGCCCAGCUGUCAUCACCUCUAGUACACAGGAGGUGUCUUGUGAGCUCCAUUUCGCUAUAUAAGAACCAUAAUCCUGGUUGGGGGAGCAAGAAACACACAGGCAAGCGGAAGAUCCAGCUACAAUCACUCUUACUAUCGAUGGAUCCUGAGGUUGAAAAACAGCUGGCACCGCUGAGGGCCAGGUGCAAGGAACAGGGUGACAUUGUCCGGAAGUUGAAGACCGAUGGUGCACCUGAAGUGGAUGUCAAGCGUGAAGUCCAAGAAUUAAAGAGUCGUAAAAAGGAAUUGGAGGACAUGACACUCAAGCUCAGCCCACCUGACUCCUUUGACCGAGCCAAGAUGAAUGAUCUGAUCAAACGCCGCUUCUUUUAUGACAACUCCUUUGCCAUUUAUGGUGGAAUUACAGGGCAGUAUGACUUUGGACCAAUGGGUUGUGACCUGGUAGACAACAUGCUUGCAGAAUGGCAUAAACAUUUUGUAAUCCAAGAGCGUAUGUUGAAGGUCAAUUGUUCCAUCCUCACACCUGAAACAGUCUUGAAGGCUUCUGGGCAUGUAGAUAAGUUUGCAGAUUACAUGGUUAAGGAUGUAAAGAGUGGAGAGUGUUUCCGUCUGGACCAUCUUAUCAAACAGCACUUUGAGAAGAAGAUGGCCGACAAGAAAACUUCUCAGGAAGAGAAAGAGAUAAUAAAGCGCAAAAUAAAUUUGCUAGAGGGAAUGACAAUGGAAGAGAUGGAUGGCGUAGUUAAGGAAUAUGACAUGAAAUCUCCUUUGACGGGAAAUGACCUUUCUGAUGCUGUGGAAUUCAACCUUAUGUUCCCCAUUUGCAUUGGACCUACAGGCACCCUGAAAGGCUUCUUGAGACCAGAAACAGCUCAGGGUAUUUUUGUUAAUUUCAAGCGAUUGUUGGAAUAUAAUCAAGGAAAAUUGCCUUUUGCAUGUGCUCAGGUGGGCAAUGCUUAUCGUAAUGAAAUUUCACCUCGCUCGGGUCUUCUUCGAGUAAGAGAGUUUACGAUGGCUGAGAUCGAACAUUUCUGUGAUCCCGAUGAUAAGAGCCACAAUAAGUUCAGCCAGGUUGCAGGUGUGGAGGUGACACUCUAUUCAGCGUGUGCUCAAAUGGAUGGAGAAUCUGCAAAGAGAACUACUAUUGGCGAAGCUGUUCGUGGAUUGGGGCUGCCAUCGUUGGGUCUCCUCUCGACUCCAAUGGAAGUGGGUGCUCUGGAUUUCUUCUUGAGUGAUCGAAGCUACAUUCUUGGGCAUCUGCCAACCCAAGCUGAUGUGACCGUUCGUGAGGCUUUGAACCAAUCUCCUCCCCCACACUUUACUCAUGCCUCACGCUGGUACCGUCACGUAGAGAGUUUUGGGCAUAACGAGAGACUGAAUUUCCCUGGAGAGAGAAGAUCACUGGAGCAGCUAACUGGUGGUAGACAAAAGGGAUUGGUAGCUAAUGAAACUUUAGGUUAUUUCAUGGCGCGGAUCCAGCAGUACCUCCUCAAGAUUGGUGUCAAUCCUAAGAAACUACGAUUCCGGCAGCAUUUAAGUAAUGAGAUGGCUCAUUAUGCAUGUGACUGUUGGGAUGCAGAGUGUCUUACCUCUUAUGGUUGGAUUGAAUGUGUUGGGUGUGCAGACAGAAGUGCCUAUGAUCUCACCCAGCACACCAAAGGAUCUAGUGUAAAAAUGUGUGUGGAACGCCUCCUUAAGGAACCCCAAAUGGUUGACUCUGUUGUUGCUGUGACAGACAAGGGAGCUAUAGGCAAAGCUUUCAAAAAGGAUGCAAAAGCUGUGCAGGAAGCAUUAGCAUCUUUGUCUUCUGAGGAAUCAGAGAAGAUGGAUAAAGCCCUUAGUGAAAAUGGAGAGUAUGAGCUGAAUGGUUACAAACUGUCACGAGCAAUGGUUCCUAGCUUUAAAAAAGAGCAAAAGAAGGUCCACGUUGAAGAAGUUGUCCCAAGCGUGAUAGAACCUUCAUUUGGUGUAGGCCGUGUCUUUUAUGCUCUCUUGGAACAUUCUUUUAGAGUCCGUGAGGAUGAUGACAAACGAACUUUCUUCUCACUACCACCAGUUGUGGCACCAAUUAAAGUGUCAGUGUUACCACUUUCUAGCAAGCAGGACUUUGUUCCAUUUACCGACAAAUUGGCUGAUGCUCUCACUGAACUGAAUCUCCCAGUGAGGGUGGAUGACUCAACUGGCUCCAUUGGACGACGAUAUGCUCGAACAGAUGAAAUAGCUAUUCCAUUUGGUGUCACAGUUGACUUUGACACAGUUAAUAAUACACCUCACACAGUAACUCUCAGAGAAAGAGAUAGUACAGAGCAAGUUAGAAUGCCGAUUGAUGAAGUUCCACUAACAGUGAAGAAAUUAGCUGAUGGUAAAAUACUUUGGAAGGAAGUAACAGAUAAAUGGCCAAAGUUUGUUGCACAAGAAACUACCAAAUAAGAAGUGGACCCCAAAUCUGCCAUGAUUUAAAGAAUAAUAAAAUUCCCCGUGAAUAAUUCAGUUUUAUAUUUAUUGAUUAAAGAAAAGUCAUUAUGUGAAUAAACAAAACUCAAAUACAAAUGUAAUUUUCUUAACACUGUAAUUAAUUAAAAGCUGCUAAGGGGCUAAGCUUUCAGAACAGUGAUAAUGUAUUGGAAAUUAGUAGAAUGAAUUUGUGAAAGAUAACUUGGCUGGACACAGUUGUCAGUGAGGGAAAUAAGAAAUCCUUUAGAACAUAGUUAAGAAAUAUAAUUUCUUGUCAUUUCCAACAAAGUCCAAGUUUAGGCAGCUUAGCUUUUAUUUUAGAAAUUUGCUUCUUAGGUUUUGAUGAUUUUGAAAAAACUAUUUUGAACUCAAUUUUAUACAUUUUCUGCAGUAAAUAACAAAUGAAUUGUCAACAAA